AUGAUGCUUGGAACGGCAGAUCACAAUCGCCCUUUGCAUGUUAUGGCGGAGAGCGAUGGUAUGAUGAUCAGUCGGAUUUUGAUCGAUCCCAGAUCUUCCGUAAAUCUCAUGAGCUUGAAAGCAUUGAGAUCGUUGUGUCUUGAUGUGGAACAUCUUGGGCAAGAUAAGUUGAUGGUACACGGCUUCAAUGAGAAAGGGCAGAAAACCCUUGGAUCAUUUAUGCUACCUCUUAUGCAUGAAUACGGCGUUGUCCCUUCAACAUUACACCAGUGUAUGAAAUAUCUAAAGGAAGGCAAAGAAUUCAGAAUUUCUGGUGAUAUUCAGCCCUUUGCAGUACAUGAAGUAACAAUUUAUGAAGAUGCUAAGUACUUCAUGCCAAAGAAGCAAAAGUCGUCAAGUUCUCUUGAGGCUAGAGCAUCAAAUUCUAAGACUGCAAAGAACCCCAAGCAAGAAGGUCAGAAGAAGCAGGUGGUGAGAAAGAAGGCAGCGCCGGUUCUUCCCAAAUCACCAAUCAUUCCUAAAGAAAAGAAACAUGUACCUCAUCUUGGAAGUGACACAGAUAAAGAUGAUGUUGCUCCUGCUAAAUCUCAAAAAGUGUGCAAGUCCACGGAUAAAUGGAGUAGGCAGGUUGAAUUUUCAAAUGAUGAUUAUGACUACGACUCAAUCUACAUGAACUCGGUGCAGAGUGUGUUCUCCAGAAGAAUAGAUAGUCUGUCAAUUUUAGAUAGCGUACUCAUAGUCACACGCGUUCCCUUGCAACACUUCAAAGAAAUCAUUUCACGUGAGGUGCAUAAGAUUGAAGAACUUUCCACUCUUUAUCUGCCUCCUUUAAAGAAGGGGACUGCACCUGGGAAUGUGUUAUAUUCCACGGGAGUUUGUGAAGAGGAGAAUCAUGAUUGGGAUUGCAUGCUCCUCGACUCCGAAGAAUUAUUUCCUAUGAGGCUACCCAAGUUCAAUACCAAGAAUAUUCGAAGAAUGCUACGAAAGCAAAUCAAUAUUCCUACUACCAAACGACAGCUCCGUACAAGCUUGGGCCUCUGGUAUGGGAGAAGUCCGCGUCCAUUACGACGAAAGGAUAUAGAUGCAUAUAAAGGCAUCGGGUUCAUCAAACGAAAAUUCCUCCAAAAAGAGACUUGUCGGGCGAUCACAUACAUGGAAAUUGAACCUGAAGAAGGCGGUGUUGAAGAGACACGCGAAGCUGAUGAUUACAAUGAUAAACCCGUAGAAGCUGAGCCUGCACCAGAAGAACUGGAAGACGGUGGACAGGCUGCUACGAUGGACGAGCUAAAAGAAGUCAACUUGGGAACUGAGGAAGACCCUCGCCCAACUUUUGUUGUCUCUCUUCUACCAGAAGAUCAAAUAGAAGAAAUAAAAGAGCUCCUAUUUCACAGAUUAGCAAUCAAGCCUGAUGUAGUACCCGUCAAACAAGCUCCAAGAAGAAUGAGAUUGGAGAUUGAAGAGCAGGUGAUUGCAGAAACUAAAAAGCUCAUAGAAGAAGGCUUCAUCCGAGAAAAGAAAUAUGCCAACUGGAUUGCUAAUAUCGUCCCUGUAAAGAAGAAGAAUGGCCAGAUUUGUAUCUGCAUCGACUUCAGGGACCUCAAUAAGGCGUGUCCGAAAGAUGACUUUCCACUCCCAGUAUCAGAACUUCUCGUUGACAAUACUUCCAACUACGAAAAGUUCUAA